CAAAUUUCAAAAGUCUUUUAUUGCGUGCCGAAGUUUUAAGGAAAAUGAAUCAUUAUCAAAGCUCAUUGGCUGAUGUGGAUAAUGCAUUGAAAGCUCGUUAUACUUCAGCUAAGGCCCAUUAUUUGCGUGCCUUGGCUUUAAGCGAUUUAAGCCGUUAUGAGGAGGCUUUAUAUGAAAUAUGUUUGGCUAUUGGCAUGGACAAAUCUUCAAAUCUCAGCAAUACUGAAUUAUUUCAACAUGAUCUCACUAAGAUUCUCCAGAAACUCCUUUCCCAAACACCCAAAUGUCUCAAGGUUGACCUCUCAUCGUUACGUUCAAAAGCUCCCUACAGCGUCUACUCUGAACACAGAUUGAGGCGUAAAAACAUUACGCUACUCAGCAAUGCUGUGCAAGAUGAAGAACCUUUAAAUCUGUAUGAAGAUGAUGAUUUUCUUUCGGCCAAUUAUGGCAAAGAGUGUGAUAUAUUGGCCGAUGAAGAUGUCUUGGCCUGUACGGAUUUUCUAAAUUGUGCUGAUAAACGUUCAACUUAUGCAAGUAUUGCCAAGAAAUAUGAAUUGGAAUUGAAAAGACAAACAACCAGAAAACAUUUUAGACGAAAAUGGAUGCAAAAAGAGACGGAGUUGCUGCCUAGCAUCGAUGUGGAGAGUGCUAGAUGCAGCAGUCAAUUUCGUAAUGUAUUGGAGCGCAUGCAACAGGAAAUUGUGAGACUGAAAAAAGUAGAAUCUACUCCUGAAUAUUUCCAAAGACAACUAGUAGCUGUUAAUCCCUCUCUAAUAGAUGCCAGUGAUUUUGAUUGUGUUUUGUGUUGUCGCACUUUCUGGAAACCGGUAGUCACACCCUGUGGCCAUACUUAUUGUUUAGUGUGCUUGGAUCGUUGCAUGGAUUACACUUCCUCAUGUCCUCUGUGCAUGUCGCCCUUAGUGGAGCCCAGUCUGAAUAUGUAUCAGGGUGCCUCGUCGCCUGUUCCUUUAAUGCUAACCAAAAGACCGGUUACCAAAUUUCUAGAAGCCGCCAUGAAACGUUUCAUUCCAGAUAGUUACCACAAACGUUUUCGCCAAGAAAUGGUUAUGGAACCCUCAGUACCCAUAUUCAUAUGUACCACAGCUUUUCCCUAUGUUCCAUGUCCACUGUUUGUUUAUGAACCGCGCUAUCGUCUAAUGGUGCGUCGCGCUGUUGAAUCGGGUGAAAAGCAAUUUGGCAUUGUCCAGCCGCACAGUGGGAAAUCUCGUUAUUAUGAUUAUGGCUGCAUUUUGGAUAUAAGAGAUUGUGUUCUAUUGGGUGAUGGUUGUUCGAUUUUGAGUACUAUCGGCUGUAAACGUUUUAAGAUUUUGGCACGUAACGAAAAAGAUGGCUAUGAAACGGCUAAAGUGGAAUACAUACACGACGAGACUAUACCAGAUGAGCAUUUAGCGUAUGUUAGUAAAAUGCAUGAUGUUGUUUUAUCGAAAGCCAUUCAAUGGUACAAAAGUUUAGGAGAGGAUUUAAAGCAUGAGAUUCUUCAGAGUUAUGGUGAAAUGCCCAUGGUGGAGGAGAAUUGGGAAACAAUAGCCGAUGGUCCGGCUUGGGCCUGGUGGAUAAUUGCUCUGUUGCCAUUGAGGCCUCAGUUAAAGGUUGAUAUCUUGGCAACAACAUCUUUGGAGAAACGUUUGCGUGCCAUAGAAAAAACCAUACACUCUAUGCCGGGCAAUUGUCACUAUCAACGUGUAUCGCAAAAUUGUGAUGUUGCCGUAGUGGUACACAAUCAGCAACAUCAUUCGCAUCAUGAUGAAGACGAUGUUGAUGAGAUUGACGACGAAGAGGGAGAUGAUGUUGUGCAUCGAGUACAUGUUGACGAUGAAGAUGAUCUCACCCAUGAUGGUAUUGAUGAAGAAGUGGAAGUUGAUGAUCAGCAGCAAGCCUCUUUGCAACAUCAUAGAGAGAAUGUUGCACAUGAUCAGCAACAACAUACAGCUCACACACCCUUAGAGCAACAGCAACAAAUGCAUCAGCAACAGUGUGACAGUGUUACUACAGUUGAUGAAUGUUGUCAGCGCACAACUACAGCUGCUUUAGUUCAUGGUCAACUAGAGUCAGCUGAUGAAGCUUUAGCAUCCACAAAUGAUCAUCAUCACCACCACCAUCAUCAUCAUCAUUCUCAUCAUAGGCAUCAUCGUUCGGGUCAUGCCCAUUCUUUGUUGUUAUAAAAUUUCUUUAUAAAACAAUUUAUAAUUAUAAAAAAACAGUCAAAACACACCUUUUCUAAAAAAAUUCUAACAAAUUAUUAUAAAAUAUUUUUCUCAUUCUUACUAUUAUUACAACAUUUGUAUAACGCUGACUGUUGGGAAUUUUUCUAUUUCUAAUUAAUUUAGAAUUAAUUUAGUCUGUAGGUAUGAAUGUUUAGUAGGUUUUUUUUGUAUGUCUGUAUGUAUGUGUAGCUGAUAAUUAUUUAUUUAUAGAUAUGUAUGUAAAAAAUAUUUAAUUAAACAAAUUAUAUAUGUCUAUUAUGUGAUAAUAUAAAAAAAAUAGUUUAAAAUAUUUUUUAAAUUUAAAUAAAAUAAAUUGAAAAUUAUGGUAAAAACUUAAUAUUUAAAUUAAAACAAAAAAAUCUAAGUAAAAUUAUGAAAAAUAUAACAUUUAAAGCCUGCAACAUGUUGCCAUUUGUAAAAUGCUAUUAUAUAAGUAAAAUUUGUAAACAACAUGUUGCUGGCAACAUUUUGUAACUAGUUUUCUUAUGUUAUAUAUAUGUAAACUUAUUACUUAGCUAAAUUAUAAAAAAAACAUAUGCAUUAAGACUGGCAACAUGUUGCUGGCUUUCGGUUUUUAGUUUUCUUUCCCUUCAUUAAUUCCUUUUAAUAUGUUUUAUUUUAAAGAAAAACAAUGUGAAUGUUAAAUUUAUUAUACUAGAAUGAAAUAUUAUUAUCUAGGGGCCAAUAUACCGUAGCUGAACCAGUAGUUUAACUUUGUCUAAUUAUAACAAAAACCACAACUAAAUCUAAACUUAACUUAAACUAAAUCUUAUAAGAAAUAUGAAAUUGAAUAGAAAUUGGAGUAAUUUAAAUUUAAAUCAAUGUCUAUGUUAGAAAUUUAGUAAAAAUUGUAUACAAAAUUAAUGUAAAUUUAGUUAAAACUAAACGAUUUAUAAGGAAAUGCAAAAUUUUGCAGAUUAAGGCAAUUCAAAAUUAUACUGGGUUCUAAAGAGAACAAAAUUAUUUGCUAUUGGAUUCAAUUGUUAUUUAAUCACGAGAGUUGUCAUAUGUUGUUAUUAACUUUAAAAAACAACUUUUGCAACAUGUUGCUAAGAUUGCAUGCUAAACUUAAAUUCAGCAAAAAGAAAUAACCGGCUAAAGUCUUACAAAAGCUUCAAGGUCAUGAAACUCUUUUUAUUAUAAAGAUAUUUUUAUAUUUCUCAUAUGUGAAGGGCAUGGAAUUGUUAUUAAAUUUAAUUAAGAAAUAACUUCUUAUACUCACUAGAGAGAAUACUUCAAUCAAUUGCUUUUGUACAUUUCUGAUACUGAGAGUCUUCAAAAAAGGACUUCUUGUAUCUCACAAAGUAGCUUUUAAAAGCUUUCCAACAUCGACUUUAAAGCUUCUUAGCUUUUAAUUGCUAUUUUAAAGUUAUAAAAAUGACUACGCUUGGCAACAUGUUGAUAAUGUGUUGCACAUUUUGCAAGUUUUUUAAAAAAAUUAAUAAAUUAGGUUCUAAUUAAAAAGAAAAUUUUAAUUUUUUUUGUUAAAGUUAAUUUAUAUUUCUAUUUAAUUUAAAUUUCAAUAACUUUUUAAGCAACAUGUUGAUAAGGAAAUAACUAUAAAGAUUUUUUUCUACAAAACAAAAUUUCUUAACAAAAACCUAAAUAAAACUUUAAAUAGAGCUAAAUAAUGGUGAAUAAAAUGUAUAACAUAAUUAGCAACAUGUUGCUAAGAUGUUAAUUCUAACAAAAAGUCAAAUUUACCUUAUGUUACUAAGCAUUUUAAUUGCUUUUAAAGGUAGCAUUUUAUAAAUACAAUAACUUGUUAAGAAAACAGCAACAACAACAUGUAUUAAUAAUUAAUCCCUUAAUUAACAAACAACAUGCUGCUGAGACUUAAGCUAAUUUUAUUACAACAUAAAAUUUCCUCUUUUCAUUUAAUUUUUUACAAGAAAAGUUUAAAUUUAAAGUUAGCGUAGAACUCUUAUGUUUACCUUAACUUGUUAAGCAAUAUGUUCCUAAACAUAAACAAUUUUAAAAAGUUUUUUGAAUUUUAUUUUAAAAUUUUUAACAAGAACAGUUUGAAAUAAAAUUUAACGUAGAACACUUAAAUUUAACUUAACUUAUUUAGCAACAUGUUCCUGAACAUAAACAAAUUGGAACAGUUUUUAGAAAUUUGUUAAAAAACUUAUAUUUUGUGUUGAAAAAGUAACUUAAACCUAAAAAAGUAUUUCAAGUAAUCAUUGUUCCUUUCUUUUUUUUUGAUUUCAACAAAGCAACAUGUUGCUAAGAUAUGUCACUGUUAAUUUAUGGAAAGUUGUUUUAAACUGUUGAACUUCAGUUCAAAACAGUAACAAGAGAAAGAUUAUUUCUAAAUUAUAUUUACAUUAUAGGCAACAUGUUGCCAAAUAUUAGGAACAAGUUUUUAUAUAAAACAAAUUAUUUUUGUUUAUGUAUAUUUCGAAAACAAUAAAAUCUAUUUAAAAUAUUAUGUAAAUUUUACAUCAUUAAGAGAUAUGUUUCCAAAUUAUUAGGUAAAAUGUUGUUAACCAAAGUUAUAAAACAAUUUUCGGAACAUUUUUGCAAAAAUGAGCUUUUUAUCUUAUAAUAAUAGAAAAUGUAAAAGAAAUUGCAGAUUUUUCUGUUAAAGUAUCUUGAAUAAACAAGUUUUCAUAAAGCAACAUGUUUCUAAGCCAUAAUUUGUAUUAAGAAGAUUUUAAAUUCUUUGAAAAUUAAAUAUAUUGUAAUAAUGUUCAGAGUUCUUUACAAUUUCAAUGACAAAAGAUGCUAAAUUAAGAAAAAAUAUGUUUUACUAACAUCAUGCUGAUUAGCAACAUGUUGCUGAAAGUUUAAACUUGGAAAAAAUGUGACUAAAAAGUAAACAUUUACUUUCAUCUUCAAUCAUUAUAAUUUUCAGGUUUAUUUAAGAACAAAAUUAUUAGAAAUAUGUUGCAAAAUUUUAUAAAGAAAACAACAAUGUUGCACACGUUGCAAUAUGUUGCCAACAACAUAAUGCUUGUGAAAAAGUUAAACACUUAAAGAAAUUCUGUUAAUUUACUAUUGACAAAUGAAACUUUAAGGCUGCCUGCCAACAACAUGUGACUUAUGGAAAAUGUUUAUAAACAUAAAAAUAUUGUUUCACAACUCCCCAAAUAAUUUUGAAUUGCUUAAAACCCUAAACAAACUAUAGUAAACUUUAAAAAAAAUUAUUUAAAUUUAAAAAUAUUUUUUUAAACAAAUUUUAAACAUUCCACACUUGUUUUUCACAUUUAAAAAAAAAAAAUUAAAAUAAAAUUAAUAAAAACAUUUUUAAAAUAAACAAAAAAUUUUCUUAAACAAAUAAUUUUAAACAAAACAAUAAAAUAUGCCAAAAUUUUUAAGCUUAAAUUUUUUAAUAACAAAAAUUUUAAAAAAAUAAAAUUUAACAAAACUAAAUUAUUUAAAUAAAAAUUUUCUUAAUUUUUUUUUUUAGACAAAUUCAAUUAAACACAUCAUUAGUAAAACAACAACAGCAAAAAAGGUUUCUUAAAUUAAAAAAAAAAAAAUAUUUAAAUUAACAAAAAACGAAAACAAAAUUCAAAAAAAAAAAUACAAACAAACACAAAAAUUCAAAAUCAAAACAAGUGUGUAUAUUAUUAAAUAAAACUAAAGAUUUAUAAAUAAAUUCAAAUUUAAAUAACUUAAUAAUAAUAUUCAAUUAAUUACAAGUACAUAAAAUGCUGAAACAAAAUGACAAUCUGCAUAAUUUAUUAAAAAAAAAACAAAUUAAAAUUAAACACAAUAAUAAAUAAAUUAAUAAAAGAAAAAAAA